AUGACAAGCGCCGGCGCCGAUGAUGCUGGGGGCUCACAUCGGCCAAGGCACUUGGCUCUGCACAUCCCCAAUUCGCAUCCCCGCAGCCCAGUGCCGACCCCGUCGAGCGCUUCCCCUGCCUUGACGCCUCGGUUGAGUGACGCCGGCCUCCGAUCCAACGUUUCAAUCGUCGACGGUACCGGCCAGCAGCAGAGUGCAGCUCGUCAGCCGCACCCGUUGCCCAAUGCACAGGUAGAGAGGCCCAACCGGCCUCCGCACCGCACCUGCGCCGCCGCCAUCACCGCUGCCCUUUCGUCCUUUGUCGCCUAUUUCCAAGUGCGCAUCAGCUCUGGCGAAAGCUCGCGAGACUUUCUCGCCAGGGAGCGCACCUUUUUCAGCUGGCUCCGCCUCUCGACGCUGCUCGGCAUCGCGUCCAUUGCCCUCUACCUGCGUCUGCGCCUCAAGACGAGCGACUCGCCCAAUGGCGACGACGGCGUGCCGUCCUCUGCCCUUGUGCCCGCAGCAGUCUUGGGUGCGCACCAGCAUGCCCUCGAGGCCCUCUGGACGCGCGCGCUCAGACGGCAAGCCGCGCGACGUCGGCUGCUCCAACGAUCGACUUCUCCGCCCUGGACCUCGUCCGUCGGCGUGCCCGCGCAGCUUGUCCUGCAGCAUCCCGUGAGCUCCAAUUCCGACAGCGACGGUCGGACGCUCGACGAGAAUCCGCUCGUGGGAAAAGUGGCUGGGUCCAUCUUCUUUGCCCUGGCCAUCCUUACGCUCCUCGUCGGCUGGCUCGACUACAUGCACGCCGAGCGCGCCCUCGAGCGCGCAGACGAAGACGUCGGCAACCUCGAUGGUCCCGCUGCCUUGACUGAUACCCAACUCGAGCCGGAACGUCAGCGCAGAGGGGGAGGAGGGAAUUCGACGGCGUGGCACAAUGCAAAGUUUGCCAAAGAGGCCCACAGCGGCAGAGUCGUGCACGCCGUCUCGAUUCUCAUCGCCCUCGUCGUCGCGCUGGGCGCGCUGCUGAUGCUCGUUUCAGGCAGCCACGCUCACAAGUGA